AUGGAACUGCCAGGCAUGGACCCUAAGCUCCUCAACCUCAGAAACGGCACUCCAGAUAUUGAUCUUUGCAAGCGCCUCGUCAAGAUAGACCUCUACUCGAUGCCAGAGAGCGCGUCCACCAGAGUAGAUCCUUGGCAUUGUGCCCCAGACGCACUAGACGCACUCGCCGAUGAAUGCGAACCGACGCCCAAAUCAGAUGACGACAACGAGCAGGAGAACACGCCAUCUUCGUGCAUCCAGUCUCUUCCUCCAGAGCUUCUCCGCCUCAUCUUCUCCCAAUUCAUAGGCGAUCGCUGCCUCGGACUCGUGCAUACCGACCCUAUUUGGACGCUACUCAAGGUCUGCCGCAUCUGGCGCGGUGUUGCGCACGAACUGCCCACCCUCUGGAACAGGAUAGACACAUACACACCUGCGAGGGCGACAUUCGCGUCUAGGAACCCAUCCAAAUCCAUAGACCGCAUGUUGGAGGCACGCCUCACGCUCGACGCCUACCUUGCCCGCUCGCACGAUCAGCCACUCGAUCUGCGGAUCUCUCUUCAUCCCUGGGACGGUUGGGAGCACAUACUGAAGCGACUAUGGGCCGAGCGUCACCGAUGGGAGAGCGUCACGUUCUUGGGCGUCGGGUUGAAGAUGCUGCAAGACGUGAUGAGGGAUGGUGACGAUGCAGGUUUCCCCAUGCUUCAGCAAUUCAACUGGCUCGUGUCUUCGUCCAACGAUAUCACCGCCCGCCUGCCAUUUCUCCCUGCGCCCAACCUGCACCGCUUAACCCUCGCAGGAGAGGUGCGGCCCUCUCGCCUGGCCCUCCCAUGGUCGCAGAUCACCCACUACGCCGGACCCGGGAUCUCCUGCCGCAACACCCUUAUCCUCUCCCUCAUGCCCAAUCUAGAGGUUUGCGCCCUCCAGGGCAACGGCAUGCGCCACGGUACCGAGGACCUCGAGGUGCACGAGCUCCCCCGCCUGCGCGUCCUCGGCCUCGCGUGGCACCACCCGCACACCUGCCUCCCCUUCAUCGUCGCACCCGCGCUCGAGAAGGUCAUCGUAACCGCGCCCGAGUUCACGCUCCCAGGCUCGCUGUUCUCCUUCAUCCAGCGCUCGGGCGGCGCGAACGUGACGACGCUGAGCGUGUACUAUGACAUGAGCCCGGUGUCGACGUUCAAUAUCAUCCAGGCGUGCCCAAAUCUGCGCACGCUCGUCUUGCGGCAGUCGCCCGAGUUCGCGUUGCUCGCUACGCUGGUGGAGGAUUCGGUCAUGCAUCUGUUCAGUCUUCUGGCGGAUGCCCGGCCCGCGUUGCUAUCUGGACUCGAGGUCCUCAAGAUAGCCCCGGCUCCGGUGCUGUCUGACGAAGACGAGGAAGAAGAGAUAGCGCGCGCGAUGCAUCUCGCAGGACAUCUCGCGUCCCUAGAACCCCGUCAUCUACAGAACGUCGAGCUGUACGUCGGGGACGUCAAGGGCACGCGCUACUACCUCGACGAAGUGUACAAGGACCUGGCAGCACGCGCUAAUGUGACGGUGCACGCUACUGCUGAGCUACGAUUUUCGGACGACUUUGAGGAAUUGUCUUCGGGUCUCAUGUGGAAGGAUCAGUGA